AUGAAAUAUGACGACAAGUUUCUAUCAUCAUUAAAAGCUAAUCAAAUCUGCAAGAUCCCUGAUAAUUCACGUUUAACAUCCAGUCAGUAUUCAACUUUAUUUUUUAAUCUUUCUAAAUAUUUUGGUAAAGUUGAUAUGCUUAUCAUUCUUAGUCACGCACACACCGACACAUUCCAAACUCGAAAUGAUGCUCGUCUUGUUUCCGACACAAUCUCAUCCGUUCUUGGCAUUAACACACUAAAUAAUUUGUUUUCUUUUUACGAAACUUCAACAAAAACUAAACCAGAAGAAAAACCAAUCAAUGUUAUCGUCCGAACUUUAGCAGUAGACAAAAAAGAAUAUCAGAUCAACCCCAAUAAUACAGUUCUUGACCUUAAAAACAUUGUUGGCGAAGAGUUAUCAAUUGAGUCCAAAGAUUGCGAAUUGCAUUUCCACUGGUUUCUUAAAAAUGAAAAAAAAUUAAAAUAUUACAAUAUUCAUAAUGGUACAGUUAUUGAAUAUCUCUCCCUGUUGCUAUUACCUCGCGGACACUCAUUUCAGAUUUUUGUCAAAACUUUGACAGGAAAACAUAUAACUGUCCCUGAUGUUGGUGAAGACCUAAGAGUAUUAGACAUAAUGUACAAAAUUCAGGACAAAGAGGGCAUACCAAUGGAUCAGCAGCGUUUGGUUUAUGCUGGAGCACAAUUAGAUGAAGAUAAAAGCAUAGGUUAUUAUAAAAUUCAAAAAGAUUCAACACUUCAUUUAGUUUUGAGAUUGCGGGGUGCAAAACCAGUUAUUUAUUUGUAUCCAGAGGAAGAAACAGAUGUCACAGUCAGCAUCAAAGCAAAGGAUGAUGAAUUUUCAUUUGUUUAUCCAUCAUUUGAUCAUGAUAGUACAUGGCAUGUUCAUGCAUUUCCAAAUGGUGAUCUUGUCCAUCAUGGUCAUCAUCAUCCAUGUCUUUUCUGGGAAAGUCUUUUCUACCCAUCAUUUGAUAAUAACAAUGGUAAUAACAAUGAUAAUGAAAAUGAUAAUGAGAAUAGAGAAGGCUUUGUUAUCGAAGGUCGUCAAGUUGUUUCAUUCUUUGAAGAUACUCUUCGUCAUAUUAAUCUUUCAGAUCGUGAGAUCUUCGACUUUAUUACAUUUUGGUGUCCUAAACUUAUCGACAUGAAAUACAUCAAGAUCACAUUCCACUUCGACGACUAUUGUUCACAGUUUCCUCUUUCUAUUUCUCCAUCUCCUCGACACGUCAACCGUAUUUUCUUUUGUGCUACUCCUCUUUCAACACAUAUUUCUCUUCGACGUCCAAAUCUUCCUACAUUUUCACGUGAUGGUUUCACCGUUAUUGAAUGGGGUGGCACUAUCAUCAGUGAAGAUGACAAAGCAAUUCUCAAAUGA